AUGAAUCUCCGCAUUAAACCCUCCUUCAAAUCCAAAUCCCCUCUUCAUUUACUCAUCUCUAAUUACAUCUACUUCGAGACAAGGAAGAGGGGGCAUUGAAUUCUGAUGAGGAGUGGUGAUGGGUACAGCGGGGUAGGCUCUGAAUCCCUUCUUCGGAUCGUUGGGAGGCUGUUGGCCAGACUAUGGCGGAGUAAUCGGAGCGGAGAAAAGAGGAUUGGGAGAAGAAAUGAUGGAGUGGCGCAAGUCGAUGGAUCCGACAGUCGGGUUUCGUCAUCUCUGGGUCCGGCUAUUGAUCCUUCAUCAGAAAGAUGUAGGAGAGAGACCUCUUUGAAUUUAGGAAUUGGGGGUUCUUUGUUGUAUCUUAUGGCUGCCAGUAAAAUUGAAAUGAACAAGAUGGUGGAGUUGCGGAUACAAAUGGAAACGAUUCUCCAGAAUGUGAAAGAGGAAUUGCAAAGGAAAAAUGCUUUUUUUAAUAUUCCUCCUCCUCCUGAAACAAAUGAAAUGUUCAAGUACUCUGCUGUCCCAGACAGCGCAGAGGAAAACACCCAACUUUCUACCCAAAUUCCGCCACCGUCGAAUACUGUAUUAUCCGAUCAGUGUUUGGAAUCUGACAUGGCUAAAUCUGAGGAUUGCUUUGAGGGAAUGAAUCAACUCGAAGCAGAACUUAAAAUGGAGCUAGAACGUCUGCAACUCUGUUUGGAUGCAGAGAAAGGAUUGGGUAAUCCGCCACAGGGAAGCAUGAUGGUGAAUGAGGAUAAUACUUCUGUGAGAACAAACAGUUUCAGUUUUUCUGAAGUGAUUGAUCCUGGAAAUGACAUCCCAGAAGAGUGCUUUGAAGAACAAUGUGGAAUUCCUCCGUUUGAACUCGAGAGAAAAUUGCAUGAACUGCUGGAAGCUAGACAACAGGAGCAGAUAAGAGAGCUAGAAGCUGCUCUGGAAUGUACCAAACAGAAGCUCCGCGAGAAAGAAACAGAGAUUUCAUGGUGGAAAGACACUGCCCACCUUCUUUCACAACAUGUUUCCGAAUCUUCAUGCCGCCCUUUCCCGACUUUGCACUGAGAAAAUUGUAUCGUCAUCAUCAUCAUAAUAACCUCUUCAAAUCUCUAGUGGGUAUGAGAGAUUAUAAAAAUCAACAAAAGAUUGAUGUGUAGAAACUAGAUACAAACUUUCAGGUUUUUUGUUUCCUUUGUAUUGUAAUUUGUAUUUGUAUUUGAAUAAGAUGAAAGAGUUAGG